GCCUUACGCGAAUUACUCCAUCAACUUGAGCACGCAGGACGAACCUCAUCUUGCAACCUGCGUGACUCAAACUGACGAAGCCAAGCCUUCAGCACCACUGGACCUGAAUUUCGAGGCCGUGCAGGCGACAUCAUUCACAGCGACGUGGCUGAAACCCACGCAGGAGAACGGCCAGCUUGGUGCCUACCAAGUGAGGUGGUGGAGCGAGGGAGGCAAGGCAACAGUUCAGAAUGUCACUGAAACUCGACUAAAUAUUACGGAUCUGAAUGCUUGUGAUACGUACACCGUAGCUGUUGCGGCAACAACAGGUGCUGGACCUGGAGAUGAAAUUCAGGCGAACCAGACAACUGACGUGUCAGUACCGCCACCGGGGCCACCUCCUGAAGUAUCGUCCGAGGCAAGUCGUAGCGUCAACCUGACGUGGACCAAACCUGCCACUAAAUGCGAGGUCGUCAACUACACCGUUGUGUACGGCGGUCAGGUCAUGUGGGGAAACCAAGCAACCUUGGAGGUUAACUCUGCAUAUUCCGAGACUACGACGAUAAAUAUCACUGGUGUGACGCCGUACAGCAACUACUCCUUCUCUGUUGUGGCGGCGACUGCAGCUGGGGAGGGGGAGCCUUCUCUGCCAACUUACUAUGUAACGGAGGAAGAUGUUCCCAGCGCACCAACUGAUCUCAACAUCGAAGCUCUCAACUCAACAUCAGUGCUGGUGACGUGGCAAGCUCCCGAGGAGGAGAACGGCAUCAUCAUCAAGUACACGAUCCGCUGGAAGCUCGCGAGUAGCGAAAGUGAAGCAGACGAUGACCAGAUAAUUACAACGCCUGGUGACAGCUACGAGUGCGAAGUACCAGACCUGAUCGAGUGCCAGACCUACGACUUCUCCGUGUCGGCGAAUACCAGCCGUGGCGAGGGAGAGAGAGCUUCUAUGCAAUGGAGCCCCGCUGAAGAACCAGAAGCUCCAGAAGCGCUGCUUUGCCCUCAACAAAAUGAUGGCUCCAUUGAACUAUCUUGGACUGCACCAAUCACCACAUGUAACAUCACCAGAUUUAUUAUCAUCUCGGACGUAUAUGUGAGGUGGUCCGGGGAUAAAUUCAAUUCGUCGGAUUCGACUGAAGUGUCCAAAUUCAUGCUUGAAGAUCCGAUUCCGUACUCCAAUUACUC